GGCAUGGCUUGGAAUGACAAUUUGUCGUUCACAGAAAAUUUAGAAGACAACAUUGUGUCUCAACAUCUGGACAUUUAUGAAGAAGAUAUGGCUUUAUCUCAGUACCUUGAUCAGGCUGAGACAGAUCUGGGGAUUGAUACAGUUGGAGUGAAUUUUCUUCUAACACAAAAUGUCGAGGACUUUAUCAACGAAAUAUCAAUCGACAUGGACGAAAGUGAUCAAAGCAACAUUUUGCUUUCUGAAAAUCAAGACAAAAAAUCCAUGAAUAUACCGUUGCCAACGGCGUUAGAAUGUUCCGAGACAAGCCGCUUUGAUAGCCUUGAGGAUUGUGACAUACGUGAACGAUUGGAGCAGUCUGUUCCAAAAGAUACCAAAAAAUCUACAAAUUGGGCAUUAAAAGCCUUCAACGAAUGGCGUACGGUCAGAAAUGCCGGCAAACUUAGCCAACAGGUACCGCCAUUAGAGGAUUUUAAUGUAGACGAUGUGAACAACCAUCUCAGCCGUUUUCUCAUGGAGGUCAAGAAGCGGGAUGGAAGUUUCUACCAAGCCCGGUCACUUUAUCUUAUUGCUAGUGGAAUCUUGAGAUAUCUUCGUGACUCCGGCAUUCCAAAUAUGAAUUAUAUGAACGAGAAGGACAUUUCUUAA